AUGAUCUUCCUCAUUGCCCAGCAUUUGAAAGCGUUUCUGAAAUUAUGGCUAUCAGCGGUAGCAUUACACCUCUUUUACUUCCAGUAUUUCAACAACAGUGGAGGAAAUUCAUUUUACCUCGAAAACACGCCGAAAAUUUCGCAUCAAGUCGAAAGUUUUCAAGAAAGCUGGUGUCGAAUUCACCGAGCGCGAGUAAAUUUGGACCAGAUUCUUAGUCCAUGUUUCCACAACAUCUCAUGGAAUGGACCCUCACCUACUAAUCGCGAACUUCAGACAGAUGCCGCCAGGAGUAUGAUUUCAUUCUUUGGCAUCCGGCCAGCGGGUCAGUUCAGUCGUUUCAGCAUUCAAACAAAGACGCGGAAAGGUAAACUGAAACACAUUGGAGGCGACUCGUGGCGCGUGUUGCUUCGCGGUCCGGCCACCGUGUCACCCACGAUGUUUGAUCACAGAAAUGGCACUUACGAGUUUUUGUUUCUCGUUAUGGACCCAGGGGUCUAUAUGUUGGAUAUAACUCUAGACUAUAGCCUGUGCGAAGGAUACAGAGAACCUCCAAAAAAUUGGUUCAUAGUUGGGAAUUCGCACGGUAAAUUACAGAAAGAAGGCACGCUUGGAAAGAACCGAGCUAGAGAUGAUUACCUUCUUCAACCCUUUCAAGAUGGAAAGCUGAUUAUGAUUAAUAUUCCGUUACCUACAGACGGAGGAGCCUAUUUGAUAAACAGACUGCACAGACAGUCAAGAAUGAACACACAGUGUUUAAGUCCCUUCCCAAACUUUGACUUGACUUGUGGAGUUGAAUGUAAAUUCAUGUGGGACGGGUUUGGGAGGUGGUUUGGAAAGAACUGGAGGCCUUAUCUCACAGAUAUUUCAAACCACUCCCAGUUCAAAAGUACAUCUCGUAAACCAAGGACAUUAUGGCUUUUCGGUGACUCAAAUGCUGAGAGACUAUACGUAUCUUUGAAGGAUGGACCGCUGUGCAAUGAAUUUUUCAAAGUUUGUAAUUUGAGUAAAAUGUGGGUUUAUCCGUGGCCGAGCAUACAGCCAGUAGCCUGGGACGACAAGGAUUUUGAUCCCCAGCAAAUCCUAGAUCACAUCCGAGGAGUUCUGGAACUACCAGAGAUGGAUGAAAACAGCGCCAUGAUUCUGAAUUUGGGUCUGCAUUACAUGGAAAGUACAAGCUUCGCCAAUUAUCGAAUUCUCCUCAAAGGAGUGACAGAACUUUUAAACCAAAGGGAAAAGAAAAGUGGUAAAUUGAGGUACAAGACUCGCGUUAUUUGGAAAACCACAACGUCUAUGAAUAAAGAGAAAGACAUUGGAAGCCGACUAAAAAGUGACUGGCAGCGAUUUCUGAACCCUGCGCGAGUGAUAUUAUACAAUACCUUUGCCACUUCCCUCAUGUGCCAGGCCGGCCUCGAGGUCCUAGAUGUUUACCCAUUUACCAGGUCCUAUCCAGGAGGUACCGGAGGACCCGAGGUGGCACAUUACAAGGAGCAGGAUACCGUUCAUUUUAAGUACAUUGCUAUGAAGCCAAUUGAUAUCUUUUUGGAAGAUUACUUUCGAGGCAAAGUAACACUUCCCAUAGAUUUUAGAAAUUACGAAUUUUCUUGAUGCAUAUCAGUUAUUCCAAUUGAGUGAUUAACAAAUAUAGGCUCUGAUACAAUGAAUAUAUGGAAGUUCAUAUAUUUUGAACAGC